CCCACGACGAACUCGAGGCUCAUGCGAGUCAUUUACCGUCAUGUCUGCCUAGCUACACACACUUUCUUUUCGUAACUUUCGACAUUAUCAUUAUAUAUCUCUUUUCAUCUAUCUCCUCAAUUUUGUUUUCGCCAACGCUUGCGUGCUAUAACGGACCGAGUCACAAGUGGUUCUAGCUGCAAGUAGCUCAUCAUGUCUGUUGUUGCACCCUUGGUCGAACAGAACAUUUACGUUGUUCCAUCGUUUGCUCUUGAGAAUGGGAGAAUAUUACGGGAGGUCCCAGUUGCCUACAAGACUUGGGGCAAAUUGAAUGACACUAGAGACAAUGUUAUGAUCAUAUGUCACGCAUUCACGGGCAGCGCAGACGUAGAGGAUUGGUGGGGCCCUCUUAUCGGACGCGGGAAGGCCUUUGACCCCAAUCGCUUUUUCAUUUUCUGUGCUAAUGUUAUGGGCUCACCAUAUGGAUCAGCAUCUCCUGUGACAAUUAAUCCAGAGACUGGGAAACCUUAUGGCCCAGAAUUCCCCCAGACAUCAAUACGUGAUGAUGUGCGGCUGCACAAGCUCGUUCUUGACGAUUUGGGAGUUUCUAGCGUUGCUGUAGCCAUUGGAGGUUCCAUGGGUGGAAUGGCUGUACUUGAAUGGCCUCUGUGCAGCCCCCCGGGUUAUGUUCGCCAUAUCAUUCCUUUGGCUACGUCUGCGCGGCACUCUGCUUGGUGUAUCAGCUGGGGAGAGGCACAGCGUCAAAGCAUCUAUAGCGACCCCCUUUACGACGACGGGUACUAUGCAACACAACCUUCAACAGGCUUAGCUGCUGCUCGAAUGGCCGCACUUUUAACAUAUCGGUCACGCGACUCGUUCGAGAGUCGCUUUGGACGUCGCCCUCAAGUUCCCCCCGUCCCAGAGUCUAGCGCUGUCACACCUUUAUCUAUUACACUUGCUGAUCAUGAUCUUGCUGCCCAUAACGAGGGUCACAAAAAAGUGACUCGCGCACGCCUCCAAACUCAAACCUCAGCCGCAUCAUCUCCGCCUCAUUCUCCAACAGAAGGGCAGAACGGCACGGGGUCUAUCUCACCCCCUGCACCUUUCUCAGCGCAGUCGUACCUGCGCUAUCAAGGCGCCAAAUUCGUGUCGCGCUUUGACGCUAAUUGUUACAUCCAUAUCACUCGCAAGAUGGAUACGCAUGAUGUCGCUCGAGGACGGACUUCCACUACCGAAGAUCCUUCUUCGCCAACAGCACAAUCAACUGCUCUCGCCGCUGUCAUUGGAACUCUCCCUCCACGCGCCUUGGUGAUCAGCGUCGAAACGGACGGCCUGUUCACUCCUUCUGAACAAAAGGAGCUUGCAACGCACAUACCUGAUGCAGAACUCGUUGUCAUUCCAUCGCCUGAUGGCCACGAUGGCUUCUUGCUUGAAUUCGAACGGAUCAACACCCAUGUUUCCAGAUUCCUUAGGAGGGAGUUUCCAGAAUUAUAUGAGAGAGAUGAGGAAGAUAUCAUCGAGGGGGACUUCGCGGUGAAGAAGACGAGCCUGUUUGGAGAGGCUGAGGUAGAUAUUACACGGUGGUAGGGAUCGCUCAACCGAUUUUUAUGACAUUCCAAUGUGCUUCUGGUUCUCAUGAGGGGAGACGAGUCUUAUUUCGUUUAUUCCUGGUGUUCUGAAUGAGGAAUAGAUGAUCGAGGGGGCAGGUCCGCUCGCUCUAGCGUCAAUGCCACUAAUGCAAGUUGAAUAUCAUACAUUAUGUAUCAUAUACAGGUAUAUAUACACGCCAGCAUAGCUAGGUUGAUAGACGUUUGUCAAAUAUUCUGCAGACUGUCG